UCCAAUGUCUUCUCCAUGUUUGAUCAGUCCCAGAUCCAGGAGUUUAAAGAGGCCUUCACCAUCAUGGACCAGAAUCGGGAUGGCUUCAUUGACAAGGAGGACCUGAGGGACACCUUUGCUGCCCUGGGCCGCAUCAAUGUGAAGAAUGAGGAGCUGGAGGCCAUGGUGAAGGAAGCCCCCGGGCCCAUCAACUUCACUGUCUUCUUGACCAUGUUUGGGGAGAAGCUGAAGGGUACGGACCCAGAGGAGACCAUUCUCCACGCCUUCAAGGUGUUCGACACUGAAGGGAAAGGUUUCGUCAAGGCUGAUUUCAUCAAAGAGAAGCUCAUGACGCAGGCCGACCGGUUCAGUGAGGAGGAGGUGAGUCAGAUGUUUGCUGCCUUCCCACCAGAUGUAUGUGGCAACCUGGACUACAGGAACCUGUGCUACGUCAUCACACAUGGCGAAGAGAAGGACUAGGUCACAGACCCCCCUGCACACACACUCAGAGGCAGCAAAACCCAGGGGGCAGGGUAGGGGGCAG